AGAGCGUGUGCAAGAGAUAUGCGAAAAGAGAAAAGUUUGUCGCAGCUAAGUCACGAAUAUAAGGAAAAAUAGUUGCCAGCAAAAGAAAGAAUAUUAUUUUUAAAACAGAACCAUAUAAAGUGGCUGGAAAAGCACAUAAGAAAUUUUAUUGUGUUUAGACGCUUAAAUCAUCAGGCGGUUAUUAUGAAAGGAACAAGCAAUUACUAUAAAAUGUCUCGUAACAAAGACAAAUAUGACAGCGCGAAUAGACGGCAGCAGAUAUUUCUGUCUGCCGAGGAUAUUGCCGCUGGCAAGAAGACAAAUUGGACUGGGCUCGAAAUAACAGGUUGCGUGCGUAAUAUCAGUCCCACAUUGUGGGAGUUUGAGCAUCUGACAGCCCUCUAUCUGAAUGACAACCAGCUGCUCCGACUGCCAGCGGAUGUGGGCAUGUUGGUUAAUCUGCGUACACUUGACUUGUCCAGCAACAAGUUACGCAGCCUGCCCGCUGAACUGGGCGAGCUCAUACAGCUGAGAGAGCUGUUAUUAAACAAUAACUUUUUGCGAGUGCUGCCAUAUGAACUUGGCAAGCUGUUUCAUCUGGUCAUCCUCGGACUGAUGGGCAAUCCCCUGCAAAAGGAGUUCAUGAAUAUCUAUAAUGAGCCAAAUGGAACGACGAAAUUGUUGAAUCACAUGCUGGACAACUUAUCAUUUACCGUCAAUCCACCGCCCCAGAGGCCAUGGCUGCCGCUCGCUAAGCCCAACAAAUCGCGACCAGCCUGCAUAUUUACGGUUAUGUGUUACAAUGUGCUAUGUGAGAAAUAUGCGACGCGGCAAAUGUACGGAUAUUGUCCAUCGUGGGCACUGGACUGGCAGUAUCGGAAGAAAUCUAUUAUCGACGAAAUAAGGCAUUAUGCGGCGGACAUUAUUAGCUUGCAGGAGAUCGAGACUGAACAGUUCUAUCACUUUUUCCUGCCCGAGCUGAAGAACGAUGGAUACGAGGGCAUCUUCUCGCCCAAGUCGCGUGCCAAGACAAUGUCGGAAAUUGAAAGAAAAUAUGUUGACGGAUGUGCGAUAUUCUUCCGAACAUCAAAAUUUACGUUGAUCAAGGAGCACCUAAUUGAAUUCAAUCAGCUGGCCAUGGCCAAUGCGGAGGGCUCGGACAACAUGCUAAAUCGUGUGAUGCCCAAAGACAACAUUGGUCUGGCCGCCCUGCUUAAAGUGAAGGAGACGGCCUGGGAGCCAAUGUCCGAGGUAACGCAGAUCUCACAGCCGCUGCUCGUGUGCACCGCCCACAUACAUUGGGAUCCCGAAUUCUGUGACGUAAAGCUCAUACAGACCAUGAUGCUGAGCAAUGAACUGAAGACGAUCAUUGACGAAGCCAGCCACAGUUUCCGGCCUGGCCACAAAAACGACUCAAACAGUGUUCAGUUGCUGCUUUGCGGCGAUUUCAAUUCGUUGCCGGACUCGGGCGUGGUGGAGUUCUUGGGCAAGGGGCGUGUUGCAAUGGAUCAUUUAGACUUCAAAGACAUGGGCUACAAGCUGUGCCUGCAACGGUUACUCUCAAACGACACCAAUGAGUUUACGCAUUCCUUUAAGCUUGCCUCGGCCUAUAGCGAGGACAUUAUGCCGCAUACCAACUAUACGUUCGAUUUUAAGGGCAUCAUCGAUUAUAUUUUCUACACUAAGACCGGAAUGGUACCGUUGGGCCUGCUGGGACCUGUUUCCACUGACUGGCUGCGCGAAAACAAAGUGGUCGGCUGUCCGCAUCCACAUAUUCCCUCCGAUCACUUUCCACUCCUGGUUGAACUGGAGCUAAUGCACACUGCCAGCCAGCAGGCGCCACCAAAUGGGCUGAUCAAUCGACGGUAGCAAUAGACACGGCGCGGUAGGCCAACGAAUAUGGUGGUAACAACGACAACAACCACCAUUCGGACAGCCUCCGGGAGUGGCGGAACGCUGCAGUUCAGUUAUCCGGGAUGCAGCAACAGCGGCAACAGCAACAGCAGAAACUCCAGCAACAAUCAAAACAAUAGCAAUAGCAACAACAACAAUAACAGCAACAGCAGCCACCGCCCAGCCACCCAUGGAUCAAUACGGAAACCGCAAACCACGCCAACCAUCGGAUGAGUCCAAAUUGGGAAGA